UUCACUUUGAGGAUAGUAGCAAAAUGGUAACAUCUCAAAUUGAACCUCAUUUUACCUAUUCAGUUUUUCUGUUUGCUUGUUAAUCUGUUAGGCAAUUGAUGGAUGCUUGGAAGUUGGCGUGCACACUCAGAAAUGUUUUGCCACCUGAAGCCUUUGAGGAGGUUCUGCCUGAAGAAGACCCUCCCUCACUGGCUUAACUACUCUCGAGCUCUAUCAGGAGCAGAAGCCAUCAAUGCCUUGAGGCCUUUCUACUUUGCAGUUCAUCCCGAUUUCUUUGGACAGCACCCCAGAGAAAGGGAAAUCAAUGAAAAUUCUCUUAAGAGAUUAAGUGUCUACUUAGAAAAUCUCCAGAAACCAGGCUUCAAGUCUCUGAAACCAACUCAGCUUACAUUUUACAUAAGAGAAAAAACGGCCCAGAACUCCUCUGAAGGCCAGGAGCCUGUCAGUACUUCCGGAUUUCGAGCAGUCAGAUUUACUUUGCACACCAGCGAUCUGCUAAGCACAGUAUUGUAUAUUCUCAACUCCUGCAGUUUGUCUGCUGAACACAUCCAAAGCUUGAACACUAAUGUGCAUUCCCAGCCUCUCAAAGACACUACAGGGAUGCCUGACAGACCCAUCAAAUGGCAUAGGUCCUAUUAUUCCUUUACUGGGUUCAAAGACCCUGACGAAGACCUUGAACACGUCUCAAGAGUGGAAACAACCCUCCUGUCCUGGUUAGGUAGCAAUGGGAAAAGUGCUGUUAAAAAGCUGAAGAACAGUUUGCCGCUCAGGAAGGAGCUGGAUCGCCUGAAGAAUGAGCUAUCUGAGCUUCUGCAGCUUUCAGAUAUCAGGUGGCAGAGGGGCUGGGGUGUUGCCCAUCGCUGCAGCCAGCUGCACAGUCUUAGCCGCCUAGCACAGCAGAAUUUGGAGCCACUUCAGAAUGCGAAAGGAUGCACCAUCGUAUUCACAGACCGCUCCGGGAUGAGUGCACUGGGCCAUGUGAUGCUGGGGACCAUGGAUGUCCACCAUCACUGGACGAGACUCUUUGAAAGCUUGCCAAGUUAUUUUGACCUUCAGAGGAAGAUGUCAGCCUUAGAAGACCAGAUAAGCAGUCUUCUGGGGGGCAUCCAGGUGGUUUAUAUCGAAGAGCUACAGCCAGCGUUCACAAUUGAAGAGUACUACUCCCUCCUUGGCGUGUUCUAUAAUCAGCUGCUGAAAAGUCGGACACCAUCCCCCCCUCUGAGUCUGAGUGGCUUGCAGAUGAUCCUCAGCAGUGACAGGUAUGAGCCAAGCUUGCAUGAACUCGGGCAUUUUAACAUCCCAGCCCUCUCAGAUCCAGCCAGCCUCCAGUCUUUCCUGAGAACCAAAGCUCGGCAGGCAAGAGAAAACGUGGCAAGAAGGGAGGAGUUAAAAGUUAUUGAAAACGAGUUGAUUCAGGCUUCAACAAAGAAGUUUUCCCUGGAGAAGUUAUAUAAAGAGCCCAGCAUUUCUAGUAAACAAAUGGUAGACUGUUGUAAGAGACUUCUAGAACAGUCGCUGCCUUAUCUACAUGGGAUGCACCUCUGUGUGUCACAUUUUUAUUCUGUCAUGCAAGAUGGAGACCUGUGCAUCCCAUGGAACUGGAAGAAAGGAGAAGCCAUGAAGUAACACAGAUAGCUGUUUUAUUUUCUGGAGAAAUGAGAAACUGUUGAAUUUAUUUAAAUUCAGUUUGACAUAGUAUUAGUGUUCACAUAUUAGGACACAGUUCCUGACUGCUGCUCUAAAAGUGGGGUGAGCUUUUCUUUGUGGUGAUUUUAUGCUAAGAAAUUUAUCUCUCAAAAGUUUUACCCCAUAGUUAUAUGAUGCUGAUGGCUAGGAAAAAAAGAUGCUUAGAAAAAAAACUAUUUUAAAGAUAUGUAAUAGAGAGUUCUGUAAGUCAUAUAUUUUUAUAUGAGUGGAUGUGUGCACAUAAAAAUUGGCCUCAUUCUGUGUAGCUCUUUCGUACUAGAACUGAACUCAUUUUUUUAUCCAACACAGUUCAACACAUGUCUUCAUGGUUACAUCCCAUAGACACACACUUUGUAGCCAGUAAUGGACAGUUAUGUUAAAAUAGAUGAUUAAUGAGUAGCAGAAAUUAAAUAACCAUGUUUUGUUUGAGAAAGUUUUCUUUUGUUUUGGUUUUUUGGGUUUUUUUUUUUUUUUUUGUUCUUUUUCUUUUUUUUUUUGAGACAGGGUUUCUCUGUGUAACCCUGCCUGUCCUGACACUCACUCUGUAGACCAGGCUGGCCUAGAACUCACAGAGAUCCUCCUGCCUCUGCCUCCUGAGUACUGCCGCCACCACCCAUCGAGAAAUAUUUUUUUAAAAACCCUAUUGAAUGUAUGCUAUCAAUACUAUUUGAUACUAGUUUAUUAAAACAUCAGUGACAGAGAGAGAGUUUAAAUAAAUGAUUCCUUCUACCAAUCAAAAUUUCUGUAGAGCAUGUGCUUGGCAGGCAUAGGACCCAGGUUCCAUUCCCAGUACCAAGAAUGUGUAAGAUGUAUUAUUGUCAUUAACCCAGAAGCUCCUUUUAAAAGCUGUCUUCAUUUCUUCAGCUCUGGUCCAGGUAAAGCCUCCUGUGAUCUCUGAUGUUUCCCACAUAGCUGUCUACUCAGAGCAGACACACACACACAUUCUACUCAGCAUUUUUCCCCUAAGGAAGACCUCCUGGGUUUUUCCCACAGCGCAUCAGAACAAAGGAUAUGUUACAAUCAGUUUUUCAUGUUUUGGAUUUUUAUAAAACAUAAGUUAUUUAAAUAGUUCAAUUGUAUGUCCAAAAUAAGAACUGAAUUGUAAAAGAAUUGUGCCAUUAUUGCUUUUUGCCCAUGCUAAUUUGACAAAUGUUGCUGUAAAUACUCUCUCCAUAAAAAAUUCCUCAAGUUGGAUUUGGUGGCCCAUGCCUUUAAUCCCAUCGCUUGGGAGGCAGAGGCAGGUGGAUCCCUGUGAGUUCAAGCCUAGCCUGGUCCACAAAGUGAGUUCCAGGACAGACAGAGCUGUUACACAGAGAAACCCUGUCUCAGAGUGGGGGGUUAGGUUGGGAGGAGAGUUAUCAAAGAUAUAAAUUUAUUUAAAAACUGUUUGAUUGUGCCACUUGUAACAUCAGCUAACAGAGUCCACUGUGAUUUGUGUUGAAUUGGAUUUGUCUCCAAACUAAUUGUUACAUAAUAAACAAUACCUUGUUGACCGUAUAA